AUGGUCAGCAUGGGUCAACGGGAGAACGGGGACAAUAUGGUCCCUACCUCAAAUAUACAGCCUCCGGAAGACACGUCUUCAGUGGCUGGCAAGGAUGUCAGCAUGGGUCAACAGGAGAACGGGGACAAUACGGUCCCUACCUCAGAUAUACAGCCUCCGGAAGACACAUCUUCGGUGGCUGGCAAGGAUGUGCCCACGGACGAGCAACCUGGUUUGCCGCGGAGUGAUGAUAUUGGAUCUGGUCUACUUCAGACUGAGAAUACUGGGCCCUCAUCUGCAGGGGAUUGUGAGAUGAACGUCGAUCCGGAGCAAGCUGAUGUCGACCAUCAAAUGGAGGAUGGUCCACAUACCAAUGGUCCAGAAAAUUUGGGAGAUGGCGGGGCUGGACAAGGAGCUGAAGGGUCUUCUGACGAGGCAAAUCGUAUGUCGGAAGUUCACGAGGGCGAAAAGCAGGGGCAAGACGGAGAACGACCCGACGAGGAGAACCGAAUGUCAGAAGAUGGUGAGGAGGAAAGGCCAGACGACAGUUCGUCGGACAAUGAGACCGAGAAGCAGGGGCAAGGGGAUGUUCCACCAGUCCAGGAGGACAGAAUGUCGGUCGAUGGAGAGGGGGUAGGCCCAGAGCAAAACAAUGAUUCCUCAGACAUGGAGAGGAAUACAUUGGAAGACAGCCAAGGCGAAAAGGAGGGGGAGAACGCACCUCCUGCUCCUCUUAUUUUGAGGAUUCCUCCUGUUUCCCAGAUAAACAGGAGCAAAAACACCACGGCUGACUCCUCUCAGAAAGGGAAAGGGAAGGGCCGGCAGGGCCUUUCCAAGCGGCCUCCCAAACGCAAGCCGACGCAGGCUACCGACACAUUUGAUUCGGACGACGACCUGUGUAUUGAUGUCGAUCUGUACGACAGCAACACCACCCUUGAUGUCGUCAGCACUCCGGAGAAGGUGUAUGGCACCAAAGUUUGGUCCACCUACAACGGUCGUGGCCAACUUAAAAGUUUCUGCGUUGUUGCCCAUAGUCAAGCCGACGUGGAUCGUGUUGAAAGGGUUCUGGAAUUGGUCGAGAGUGACUACGUCGAUGGAGUUCCAUUGCACAUAGCACGUCCCGAAGAAUCAUGUUUUGCGGUAUUCGACCGCAGCACCACGAAAUCCAUGUAUCUGAUGGAGUCUUUCUCUGAAAGGAACGUCGUCCUUAUGUCUCCUUCUCAAGAGGAGUCUAUUUCAACUUGCUCCGACGAGUUCUACAGCCAGGUCAUGGAAGCAGCGAGGAUGAAAGGCAAAAGAGGAAAGAUCCUCAAUGCCCUCAACAUCCCUUUACCUCAUGCAGGCGCUCACUCUUUUGACUUGAGUACUGAGGCGGCUGCUCUUCGGGCUACAUCUGGUAGCUGGAAGUAUAGUACCCCCGUCCCAUUUGGUGAUAUGUCAUGGGGACUCGUAGCUACAGAGGGGGCAUUUUCAGAUAUCCAUAUCGAUGCCAAUGGUUUCUGUUCCUUCAUCCAACCUCUUCAUGGACUGAAGCUGUGGAUUAUCAUGUAUCCCAGACGGUUGGAUGUUGACCUUUCUUCUGACCGCCGUGUAUUUCUGGGAGACAAGCUGGAUUACGGGGAAACGCACCACCAAGACUGGAUUUACGAGGCGAUUGUUCUCGAUAACCAGUCAGAACUGGCAACGAAUACGAAUCAUUCAACGUCCCGAUUUUUCCUGCAGCAAACCAUACAUUGGUUCUACAAGGUUUUGGUUGAAGGUGACAGCGACCCAGAAGAUUUUUAUGAAAUGUACCAUGUCCCAUUCUACAGUACGCAGUCCGGAUACUCGAGCUUGAUAGCUCUGUGCGUGUGCAUGAUCUUGGCAAAUGCGCUCGACUACGAGACCUAUCGAAAUCCCGAUCAGAUGUUCUCCACCAAGACUUCGGCACAGUUAGACGCAUGGAUGCGGUGGGAUACCAACAGCCUGAGCGACGAAGAGCGCAAGGCGUGCAUCUUUGCCCGUGGCGAAGCCUUGGCUAUUCUAGAGUGGCUAUGUCAUCGCACGAAGUCCAUCCACUACAUGAUUGAGACGGACAAAAACAAGGAUGCACAAAAUAUCAUGGCGACAGAAAAGUUCCAUGAAAUGAUACUUUGCCGCUAUGCCCGUAUGAUUCUAGCCUACGACGCAGAAGCCAAACAUAACAACAUUGGUGGUGCCCCUUGCUGUACCGACACCAGUUUGCUUUUUGUCCAGCUUCAGGGCGUCUGCAGCGGAGAAUUGAACAAGGUUAUAUGUCGCAGUAUCGAGGGUUUUAGGGUUUAG